AUGAGUAACGAUGACCGGAAAAUUGGUCGCGGUGAUGGGGGGCCAGCGGUGCCAAGGCCAGGUCGAGGUAAUAAUGGGAUCCUUCCUACAUCAUUCAAGGCUCUUUCAAGCUACUUGAGGACUGUUUCCUCCGGUGCCUCCAACGCGGCCUCCACAGUGAGGUCCGCCGCUUUGAGCAUUGCGGAGAGAGACUCUGAAUCCAUCGAUUGGCAGGUUAACUGGGCUGGGUUUGACAAAUUAGAAGAUGAGGGAGGCAUCACCCGGCAAGUUCUCUUGCUGGGGUACAGCUACGGAUUUCAGGUUUGGGAUGUUGAAGAAGCAGCCAAUGUGCAGAUCUUAGUUUCCAGGCAUGAUGGUCCCGUCUCAUUUAUGCAAAUGUUACCAAAACCGAUGGCAUCGAAGCAGUCUGGGGAUAAAUGUGUGGACAGUUGCCCAUUGCUGAUCAUAUGUGCUGAUGGAUCCUUCUCUGGAGGUAAUAACAAUCAGGAGAGGUUAGGUGCUCCUUGUAAUGGGUCCAUCCAACAACACCAUGGUUCCCUUAAUGGUAGUUGUGUUCCUACUGUGGUUUGGUUUUAUUCCUUGAGAUCUCAAUCAUAUAUACAUCUUUUAAGGUUUAGAUCAGUUAUUCAUUUAGUGAGAUGCAGCUCUCGAGUUGUUGCUGUUUUGCAGUCGAACCAGAUACAGUGUUUCAAUGCUGUGACACUAGAGAGAGAUUAUACAAUUCUUACAAAUCCGAUUGUUAUGGGGAGUUCUGGGUCCGGAAAUAUAGGCUUUGGGCCGCUUGCAGUGGGUCCCAGGUGGAUGGCUUAUAGUGGGAGUCAAGUUGCAAAUUUAGAUUCUGGGCAUGUGAGUCCAGAAAACCUUAACCCCUCGGCUAGUUUUCCUAAUCCUGCUUCAAAUGAAAGCCUCAUUGCACAUUAUGCAAAAGAGUCAAGCAAGCAACUUGCUGCUGGCAUUGUGACUUUAGGAGACAAGGGUUAUAAGAAACUAUCAAGGUAUUACUCUGAGCUGGUACCUGAAGGCAACAACUCGCAAUCUGGGACUGCUCAAGGGAAGGUAAACGGUGUUGCUACUGGCAUUUUGCCUGAUGCAGAGGAUGUUGGCAUGGUCAUUGUCAUAGACACCGUCACCAGAACUGUUGUUGCACAGUUUAGGGCACAUAAAAGUCCUAUUCAAUCACUAUGCUUUGAUCCUAGCGGCAACCUUUUAGUGACAGCUUCAGUUCAGGGUCAUAAUAUCAAUGUUUUCCGUAUUAUGCCUGGACAUUCUGGAGUUUCAUCUGGACCUUCUUAUUGCCAUAUUUAUAGGCUUCAACGUGGGUUCACAAAUGCUGUCAUACAGGAUAUAAGUUUUAGCGUUGAUAGUGAAUGGAUUAUGAUUAGUUCCUCUAGAGGAACGAGUCAUCUCUUUCCAAUUUCUCCUUCAGGGGGGUCAGUAUCCACUGAUGCUUGUUUUAGUACCAAAAACAGCAGAUCCUGCUUGAUGGCAGAGCCCACGAUUUGCGACCCACCAAAUUCAGGAUUGCAGGUGCUAACUCAUCAGAUUGUGCGCAUAUCUGGGCCCCCAAUUACAGUUAAUGCUGUUAGCAGAAUAAGGAACGGAAAUAGUGGAUGGAGCAACACGUUGAGGGGUGCUGCCGCAGCUGCAACUGGGCGGAUGAGUUCUCUCUCUGGAGUAAUUGCUUCUGCUUUCUACAAGUGCAAAGCCAAUGAAUUGUAUGCAGAUACCAGUUGUCCUAAGAAAAACUAUUACCUGAUGGUUUUUUCUCCUCCUGGUAAUGUGGUACAAUAUGCACUGCGGCUCUCUCCUGUGGUUGAUAGGAUAACAUCUUUGCCUGGAGCGAGUACCACUUGUGAAUCAGGCCUCAACUGUGAUACAAGAUUAGCUUUGGAGCCAAUUCAGAAGUGGAAUAUUUGUCAAAAACAAAACCUUAAGGAGCAAGAAGAUAAUAUCUAUGCUCAAAAAGUAAAUUCAGAUAGCAGUAAAGUAUUCCCAGAAAGCAUGAGACGCGAAAAAAAUCUACUUUCCAAUGUCGUGGUUACAACCACAAAUGAUAGCAUUCCUGAAGAAAGAGACCAAAUGUAUAUCUCCGGGGCAGAACUCCAGAUGCAUCAAAGUCAGAAUCCAUUGUGGUUGAGAUCUGAGAUAUAUUUUCAGUUGAUGCUGACCAAUGGCUUUAAUUUAGACGAGGAAGGUGCUUGUAGGGGAGAGAUUGAGAUUGAAACUAUCCCUGUUCACUCGCUUGAAAUGAGGUCAAAAAACUUGUUUCCAGUGUUUGAUUAUCUUCAAGCUUCCAAAUUCCCACAAGGGAGGAUUCCUGUUAUAAAUACUCGCAACAAUGGCCAAACACUAUAUCAGGGGUCUGCGAAUGGAGAACUUACCUGCAGGAGCAGUUCUAGCUCUCUUGACUCUACAAACAACGUUGGCAUUAUAGUGACUGAAUCAAACAAUGAUGCUGAAGAAACACAUUGGGAUGGUCUUCAGGUCCCAACUGAAACAAAUAGGGUCUUUGCAUAUACUAAUGAUACCCCCAUAGUGGAUACCGGGCUCGGGACUGUAAUUACUAAACAGAACUCCACAAUGGGGGAGUCUUAG